UUUCUGUAGCAAUUUGAGUUCAAUCUAAACGAUCUUUUCAUUAAAAUGGAGUUCAUAGAUGAAUAAUUCUUUUCAGAUAGUUUUCGAAUUAAACUACUCCAAUAAGUUGGCCAAAAAAUUAACUUUAUCUGAGGAUAGCGAUUUUUGAACAAAUUUCUUAGUAUGUGUUUUUCCAACGUUCAAUUUAAUUUCUGAAAAUGUUGUUUCAGGACAAGAUAGAUCAAAGACAGAAGUAAUUAUUUCUAAUGCUUAAACUUUGAAAAAUAAUACUUUCGUUUUAUGUCCGCCUGGUUGCCCACUAAGCAACCAGGUCUGGCAAGGCGUUCAAGGUGUGUCAAGUCGCUUAUACUUUAUGCAUCAUUACGUCGGAAAAAUGCGGUAACAUAUCAACGUUUAAUAAAUUAAAUAGUUGAAUUUGCACCCACUGAUAUCCUCGAUCAUUUAUGUUUGAUUUUGAAUAAGCAUGUAUUAUGUAUUGUUCUAGAUGCAAGUGUUUCCCCAUAUUGCCCUGUCUGGAUGUUAUUUUCAUUUAAGACAAAGUACCCAUCGUCAAAUUUAAGUGAGUAUUACAUAUGAAGUUCGAUUCUUAAUCUUAACCGUUGGUAAUAACAUUUAGUCACUUGGUUAUCAAACUCAAUAUCGAAACGACCCCAUAUUCGCACAUAAUAUUCACAAGAUUGUCGCACUAGCCUUCAUCCACCCGAAUGUUGUUAUAAAUGCAUCUGAACGCUUAUCCUUAAGUCUUGGCGAUGAUUAUAAAGAUAUUAUUGAUUAUUUUGAAGAAACAUAUAUUGACCUAAUCAAACAAGACAACAGCCUAAGUUUAGUAUUGAUUUUUGGAAUAUGUAGCAUCGGACAGCGGAUGCAGCCGAGAACAAACAACAUUGCGGAAGCUUAUCAUCGUCGAAUCGGCUCCGUUUUUCAAAGUUCACAUCCAACACUUUGGUCCUUCUUAGAGAAACUAAUUGAAGAAGAAAACGCGACACAUAUUGGCAUCUUACACAUUAAUGCUGAUCAAGCACCCAAACUGAAAAGUAAAAGAAAUGAACAAUUUGAAAAACGUUUGUUAAAUAUUAUUUCUAACCCACAUGCAGAUGGUUUAAAACAACUUGAUUCUAGGACUGAUAUUAUCAGUAAUAUAUCAUUGUAA